GCUGGCCCCCUCUGGUGCGAAAAUGAGUCAGUUGCACAUGGCGGCUUUUCAGUGAGUGUCGUCGGAUCAAUAUUGUUCUUUCGGUGUGAUCGUCCCGGAUACAACCAGCCUGCAAACAUAGGUUCUUCGAAAUGGCGGCUGCCCCGAUGCCGGUGGUUGCCGACGGGUCCCCCGCCGGAUCAGCCGCCCCCUUUCUCGAGCUAGGACCCCGGCACUGACCCUCCACCAUGGCGUGCUGAUACUGCCCCGGAGGAAACCGGUCUGCCUCCUCCUACUUGCACGACAUCCCUUGCCUCCCUCGGGGCACAAUCCGAGAGCUCUUGGCAACGGGAGAGUGCAUGGUGGCAGGCUCUGGCUGGCUCGCCCAGUUGCCGCAAGACCGCUUCCUUGGCCGAAGGAAGCACGCUCGACGCGGGACCAUGGGGAGCCGGGGGCACGCGGCACCGACCACGGGGAGGCGGCAGCAGGAGCCCAGGGCAGGACGGGGCACACCACACGCAGGCUAGGACCCAGCGGACACAACCGGCUACGACUACGGAACCACAACCGAGAAUUUCGACUUAAAAACAGGAGAAGAGGCAUGGAGAGCCCACACGGAACCCUACAGCGAGGCACCCUGGAAGUCCGCAAAGACGACUUCUGGGAGGCCAUCAGCUCCAACUAUGACUACCUCAUGAACGACGAGCUCAUUGCUUCCUGCAGGGAAGCAAGUGGAGAGCUGGCGCUGAACGAGGCAGGAGUGUCUCCCCCGUGCGAGACGCUGUCCUUUGCCGAGUUUGUCCAGCAGUUCAACCUACUCCACGACUGGCUGCACCGCCUUCAGUCCUCCAUGCUGGACUGUGACCCCGAGCGGAAGUCGGAGAUGGCCGCUCUGGUCCGACAAGAGCUGCGCCAGCGGGAGACGUCGCUGCAGCUGUUUGCCGAGGAAGCCCAAGGGCUGGGCGCCCUGCACCCCAGCAUGAAGGAGGAGGUGGGCCGCAGGGUGAACCUGCUCUCCAACAAGUGGGACGCCGUGGAACGGGCCGUGGACCCCGACAAGGACGCCCGCGCGGCCCCGACCCAGGCCUUUCAAGAGGUGGCCCACGAGAUGCGCUGCCUUCGCCGUUGGCUCAAGGAGCUGGAGGCCCGCCUUCCCAACCAGAUGGCCGUCUCUUCCAGCUGGAGUGUGCCCGAGAUACAGGACCGGCUGCAGGCACAACAGGCGUUGCAGCAGGAGAUAGAGUCCCGCAGCCGCCUAGUCAAGUCCCUGCUGAGGCAGUGCGAAGCGCUCUGCACGGGUGUGCCCCCAGACUCUGCGGAAGAUCCGAGGCAGACGACAGAGGGCGACCGUGGUCCUCCCGGUGGUGGCGACGGAGCGAGGGGCGACCGUCGGCCGACGCCGUUCUUCCCCAACGACGCCCAGCGGAUCCGGCGGGUGGCCAGCAACCUCGAGAAGCGAUGGCAUGCGCUCUGGCUCCGCUCCCUCGAGUGGCAGUGCCUGCUUGAGCAGCUCUUGCACGGCUCCCAAGUGGGCGCUUUGGACUGGGACGCUGGGAGCGAGGUGGGCUACGGGGACGAGCCGAGGACCAAGCAGCCGCGCCUCAGCUGCGACGGGGCCGGCUCCGCCAUGAUGCAUCCGCCUCUGGACCCACCUCUUCCGACGGACCACGACGGGAUGGAGUCCGAGCAUGAGGAGGUCCUCCACGCACUUCCGAGCCCCCCCACCCACCUCGAGAAGGGGGUCAUGGUGGGCAGCACAGCCAUCACAGAGCUCAAGGUGUCAUGCAAGGGCCGGCGGCUGGAGAUCCUUCACGAUGUGGGCUACUCGAGCGAGAGCUCUACGCAGCUGUCGAGCGAGGACUGCAUCCGGGUGUACAGCUACAGCCCGGAGUCGUCUUUGUUCCGGGAGUACCGAGAUGGGCUGCCCUCGGACGGGCCGGGCACCCUGCCUUUCCUCACGCCUGAGGAGGAGGAGGAGGAGUACCAGGCCUCCCCGCUGGUGCAGUCCGGCAACGCCGACUUCUACAAGAUGACCUCCCUCGAGGAGGCCGCCUUCUCUGACCAGAACGGGCCCUGCGAGGAAGAUCCGCCGCCGGGGGAGGAGGGCCAGAGAUCCGGCCGCUCGUCGGCCAGAGUGCAGGAGUGGCUGGAGACGUGCGAGGCCCCCGUGACGGCCGCCCGGGAGGAGGAGGAGGAGGGGCCUGUGGACAGCUCGUGCGACGCCAGCGGAGAGUACACCACCAACGACGAGUCGGAGGACUGCCACGAGUCUGACGGGGCCGACUCCUCGCCCAGCAGCGAGGGGCUGGACACCUCGCGCAGCGUGUCGCUGCUCAGCAAGUCCGGCACGGGCUCCGUCGAGACUGUGGUGCAGGUGGGUGCCAGCUCAGCGCUGUCUGAGGGCGACUUUGUGCCACGGGUGGUCCUGCGGAAUGGCGGGGGCCGCAAGAAGCGCUUGCGCGAGCGGCCCUGGAGCGUGACCGAGGUGGGCCAGCCUGGAGCGCUCCAGCUGUCCUCCCACUCCACUUCGGAGACUGCCCUCAACGUGCUGCUGGCCACCUGCUCCUCGUCCAAGGUCCCGAGCGGCCGGCCCCGCACCUGCUCGGUCGGGGUGCAGAAGGACCCGCCGUCUCCAGAGCGGCGGCAGCGCCGCACCCGGGGCCUGCGGGGGGGCCUGCGGUCAGGCUCCAGCUCGGAGGGGGCCCCGUCGGGGGCGUCGUCCGCCCAGAAGCGGCCCAGCAGCCAGGAGGGUGGCGGCAGCGGCCGCAGGGUGCGACGCUCCUCGGCGACCUCUCGCUCCACGGGCGGCUCCCUGCACAACAUCUCCUCCUCCUCGGGCACCGACAACUACCAGGACUGCCUGGGGGUGGCGGUAACGCCGUCUCCCAAGGGCCACCUGUCUGCCAGGACGCCGACCCUGGCACACGUGGAGGAGCAGAGCUCGGUCUCGGAUCAAGUCUGGGACGAUUAUCAGGACCCGCCAUACUUCAGCGAGCCGUACAGCGAGCAGACGGCAGACGAGGACCAGGUGAAGAAGCUGCUGGAUUUUGGGGACGACUACUGGGCCUUCAUUGGAAGCCCCUCGGAUGACACGGCCUCACUGGGGCCUCCCAGGAGGGACAUCCCACGCAGGUCCCCACACAGGACACGCCCCACGGCCAAGUCAGGAGGCACGGAGCUGGACUCCGACUCGGACAUGGAGGACCUGCAGCACCUGCUGAGCCAGAGCGGCCGUGCCCACGCCUUCAUACGCAACACGCUGCGCAAGAUGGCGCUGGCGGGACAGGAGCCACAGCACCAGCGCUCACCCUCACCCAGAGACAAGAUGUCCCCUCCCAAAUUCGCUGAGCUGGUGGCUACCUGUCAGACCAACCUGCAUUGGCUCAAGAUGAUCCGCUUCCACCUCCAUGCCGGAGAGGACUCUCCACAGCUUCAGAAGCUGAUCAGCCAGUGGGAGGCGCUGGUGGCGGAACUGCAGGGCGGUUCAACUACUCCAAAGAGCAGUCCCCGCUUGCGGCGGCAGAGCAUGUCGGAUGCGUCGACGGAGCAGCAGCGUGCCGACGUCCUGCGGAGCAUCGGGGCGCUGCGGGAGGAGCUAACCAGCGUCUCCGAGCUGGUGCAGAGACCCAAGGAGGGCUGCACCAGCCACGCGGAGCACCACGGCCACCAUCUUGGCGCCGUCGAGCAGAGGGCACAGGAGCUCAAGGUGGCGCUGUCCUCCCUGAAUGACAUCCGGGACUCCCUGGUCGAGGUGAAGGCCAAGGCACACCGCCUCGCCACCGAGGGGAGCGUGGACCCCGUCGCUGCCGCCUUGGGGGACCACAUCCAGGCACUGCACCGGCAGUGGAGCAGCGCUUACCAACAGAGCGGAGCCCAGCUGAGCGAGCUGCAGAUGACGCGAAGUCGAGCCACGGACGCCCUGGCCCCCGCGGAUCUACAGGGCAACAAGUCUGUAUCACUUGGAAGCCAAAUGCUUGAUUCGGCCGUUGCUGGACAAUGCGGCGAGAUGACUGGAGGAGUGACCAGGGCCCCCGGCAGAGGGCGGGACGUUCCGGCAGCGGAAGAGGAGGAGAAGCUCCCUCCAGGCGGCUCGAGUGGCAGCCGCCGCCUGUGGCGCGUGCUCAAGGCGGCGCUGCCCGUCCAGGUGGCCCUUUUACUCAUGUACUGCGUGGCCUGUCUCAUGGAGCCCCACUGCUGCGACCUGCUCAACAACUUCCACGCCUCCUUCGGCCCCCAGCUCAGAUACACCCAAGGACCACCGCCAGUGUGAUCUGGGAGUGUGACGCAAGGCAAGAAUACGAGGUCCAUUCUGAGAGGAGUGCGAAGGAGUUUCGUUUCAUCUUGCAUCGGACCUCACAGUUCUCUUUGCCACGCCUGCACCACAACCUCCGCGCUCCAGAGACAUUGCCACAGAGUGCCGGUGGAGAGGGUGGCCACGCCACGACGGUUUCACUGCCAUUUCUGUUUUCGAGGAGCAGAUUGUGUCGUAGGCUUAGCCUUUUUUUUUACUUCUGUUUUGUUUUGCUUGAUGUUUAUCUUUUCUACUGCACCACUGUCGGUGGAGUGUGUGGCUCUGUGUGCAAGCAUGCGGCGGCCACAACAUGGAUGGCUCGGAAGGCAUGACCCAGUUUACAAAGUGGUCGCUUCCUUUUGCAGGCACUGAUGAGAAGCGCUUUUGGUUUGGCGAGUGUAGAGGAAGCCUCGCAAAAUGCAGCAUGAUUGGUGCAACUUGCAGUUACCUAGAGGGGCAGCAGUUUGGUGUGUGUAACAGGAGGCCCGUCCAUUAGCGCAAAGCAUGCAGCAUACACGAGGUUUUCCUCAUGUAAGCUGAGGAGUCUUGCAAGAGUACAAGCUUAGAAUUGUUGCACCAGGCAUGAAUGCGCUUGCAGCAUUGACCUGUGGAAGGGUGAUAAAUGUGCAGUCGCACUGGCAGAGGUGUUUUGUUUUCUUGGAAUAGGGGCCAAAUUCAUUUUUUAUGGAAGCUGGGUUUCUAACUCAGUAUUUUUUGUUGUGUUUCGUGCCAGUGUUCAUGUCUAAAAAGGCUCGCUUGGUUUGGUGGACAUUCGUAAAAUUCCAUCACAAUGUUAAGUUAUGUUGAGUUUCACCUUUGGUUUGUUUUACUGCUUGUUCUUUAUCGAUACAAGACAGAUUUUUGUGGUCCUCUUCAGGUUCUUUAAUGGUGGCUUCAGAAGCUCAAUAUUGCUUUCAUGGCUCACCUCAAACAAUCGGUGUUUCUUCUCCCAAGUGAAUUUUUCGUUAUUCUCUGCCUUCCCAAUCAGAGCAUCUCAUGAGAAAUCAUAUGAGGAAUUCUGUGCCCUACAGCAGUUUUCUCACCUCCUUGAACCCCAGAGGGCUGUUCCUCUGGAGGUCUUCAAAAAUUUGGGAUAGAUUGACUGAGCAUUCUGCAACGAAACGUUUGCCACUUUUGGUAAUGUUGUCGGCCACUAUGGUGUUUUUCUUGUCCACUUAAAGGUGGGGAGGUGUCUUUACUAUAUUUGCACAUCUUGCCACUCUUGUUCAUCUCGCAAUGCUCGACUUUAAUCAUGGUUUCAAUCCUGGACAACUGCCAUUUAAAGAAGUUUACUGCCUCAAUGCAUAAAAUUUCUAGAAUCCAGAGAGUUUCUGAAGCAUAUUGUUGGUAUCUAGGAGAGUUGGUAGAGUGCAAACCUGGCCUCUAUCUAAGUUGUAAGGCUUAUUGAGUGAGUAUCCCAAAGUAUAUCUCAUGCAGAAGGCAAGAACACUAUACAGUAUGGUAAAAGCACUGAGGAAAAUUGUCAUUGAUUGCCUCGGAUUGGUGUUUGUAGUCAAUGGCACUUCAAGGCUUUGUUGGAAGGAUGGGUUUUGUUUAUUGGCACUAUAUUUUGCUCCUAUUAGCCUGGCAAGUAAAUGUCCAAGCUUGUGACUCUUGGUACCAUAACACAAUCAUUGCAUGCAGAUAUUUGUGUUUAUACAGCUAAAGUUCAUCUGCUCUUGGAGUCUGUGUUUUUGUUUUGUUGCAUUUUGUUCUAGUUGUUCAUUGAGGAUUUUUUUUGUGUGUACAUUAUACCACUUAGUUGAAGUUCCAUCUUUUUAUAUUUUUAUCUACUCUCUAUGUCUGUCUUCUAAACAGUGUCUCAAACGGGGAAUGAAAGCAAGAAAACAUGUUUUGUACGAACUCCCCCUAAAUGCUUACUUCUUCAAAAGUUCCUCUGAUAGCCUCAGAUAUUGGUAGGCCACGCUGGCCAAUGCAUUGUGAUCGUAUCAUUCUUGAACAUUCAGCAAAUAGUAUUUUUCUACUUCUAAUUCAAUGUCCUUGAGAGUACCUCAUCCCAGUGCUGGCAGCUAUCUGGCUUGAGGUUUUGAGUUUUGGUGACUGGUGUCUGCUUUUGGAACCCCCCUCAAUGCAUUUACGUUGUACCAGCUUUUUAGCUGGGACUUUUCUUAGUAUUUUCAUUGUGCAGAUCGAGAUAUCAUUGUUCUAAAUUAUUUUUGUAGCGUGUGUGCUCUAGAGAGCGGCAUUACAAAUACGCUCCCUCGUUUUUUAGGCAUUCUAUGGUAUCUCCCUUUCAUAGAUUUUGUUGAAAGCUUGGCUCGACUUCUGAUGCGUUGCUUUUGUUUUCUCCUUUGAUCCAAAGUCAAUAAUCUGAUGAGAGCAGUUGGUGGAUAUAUUGUUUCGCUGAGCCAGAAAAGCAUAGCAGUGCAUCCCUGUAUUAUUUAUUGCUCGCUCGAUCACCCGACGAUUAAGUGGGUACAAAUUUCACUUGGAAGGAUUGUUCAUUAGAGCUACAGGAAGUGUGCCUUAUUUUGACCCCGAUCUAGUCACAACAGACAAAGUCUCAGCAAUCUUGGAAAGGCAUAUUUACAUCGGAAUUAUCCUAGAACCACAUUGUUAGAGGCAUUCAGUCUCACAGAACCCCAUCUCUCUUUAUGAGGAGAAAAUAUAUAUGCUUUUUGUUCUUUUUGUUUCAAAAGUGACCUAUAAGAUGUGUUCUCGAUAAACAUACGCAUGGAGUAGUUAUUACUGAGCGACAGCAUUGCAUGUUCUAUUAGAUUGCUGUGGGUUCUCAAUAGUGGCCUUUAUGUAGGUAUGAAAUAAAAAGUUCCAACAGCA